GCGCAGCUCCCACCCCGGAGAAGCCCGCGGGGAUUUGGAUCCGGUUUUACUUUCAGUUUGGGUUCAAUUCCUGGUAGUGGGAAGGGCGGGGAGGACGAGACUGACCUCGGGGCGGGUCAGGGUCUCACACCCUCCAGUUGAUGUUGGGCUGUGACCUGGGACCGGACGGCCGCCUCCUCCGCGGUUACCACCAGUACGCUUACGAUGGCACCGACUACAUCGCCCUGAACGAGGACCUGCGCUCCUGGACCGCGGCCGACACCGCGGCUCAGAUCACCCGGCGCAAGUGGGAGGCAAGUGAUGAGGCUGAGGAAAGGAGACACUACCUGGAGGAGGAGUGCACGGAGUUGCUCAGGAGAUUCCUGGAGAUGGGGAAGGAGGCGCUGCAGCGCACAGACCCUCCAAAGACACACGUGACCCACCACCCCAUCUCUGACCGUGAGGUCACCCUGAGGUGCUGGGCCCUGGGCUUCUACCCUGCGGACAUCAGCCUGAGCUGGCAGCGUGAUGGGGAGGAGCAGACCCAGGACAUGGAGCUGGUGGAGACCAGGCCUGCGGGGGAUGGGACCUUCCAGAAGUGGGCGGCCCUGGUGGUGCCUCCUGGAGAGGAGCAGAGAUACACGUGCCAUGUGCAGCACGAGGGGCUGCCCGAGCCCCUGACCCUGAGAUGGGAGCCGCCUCCUCGGGCCACCAUCCCCGCUGUGGGUCUCGUGGGCCUGGUCAUCCUUGGAGCUGUGCUCAAUAUAGCUGUGGUCACUGGAGCUGUGGUCACUGGAGCUGUGAUGAUGAGGAGGAGGAAGCGCUUAGGUGGAAAAGGAGGGAGCUACCAUACUCACGCUGCCAAAUUCGGCAUGUUCAUUGUCGGGGACUGAGUGAUGGAAGAUUUAUUCACACUCCCACUCUGUGACUCACCACACCACUCCCCACACUUCCCCAUU